AUGGGCUUCAUCGUGAGGCCCGCGUACAUCGCCUGCGGGCUCUCGCUCUUCCCGCAACUGCUGCAAGUGGCCGCCCAAGAUUUUACUUGUACGGUUGCCGAAACCCUCAGCGGCCAGGCGGAUUGCAUUGACCCCAGUGCAGGGGGCACGUGCACCGCCGGAGAUGUCGAUCUCCCAGACGAUGACGCUCUUACCAACGUCCAAGCGACCACCGAUCUCUGCGACGGAACACAGGACUCGAUUACCUUCACGGGGGACUUGACAUUCCUAUCAACUGGUAAUGGUGAUCGACAGGACGUGGGAAUGUGGCUUGGCGAUUUUGGUCCCGAUGGAACAUGCGACGUUUACGGGUUUAACUGCGAAGAGGAUACAUUUGACCUGGAGGAUAAUCCGACCGACAUCUGCGCGGACGUCCAGCAAGGCUCAACCUUGUUUGCAGGGGUCCAAUUCACGGAUUUGGGCACCAUCUCCGUCACGCCAUCUCUGGUGGCCGAGCCUUGCCUCGGAGAUGGAUCGGAUUUCCUCCUGACGUUCGGAAACAUCCCGACAGAAGCCGAUGCCAGCUACACCAUCGCCGCGGUGGAUGGCACUUUCAACAUUCCUGACAUCGCUGGUUCUCUUACCGGGAACACCACGACCGUAGCCCUUCUCCCCACCAUCGCGUACACUAUUACGGUGGCUGUCGCCUUCGAGAACAACGAACCUGACUGUGGCUUCGUUACCCUCCCCUUGAACCCCACCUGCAGUUGCAGCGGAGACGACGAAAAUUGCCCCGACCCUCUCAUCUGCUGUGAAGUCAAGGACUUUUGUGACGUAUUUUUGUCGGAGAGCAUCGACGGCGUGAUCUGCGGUAAGGAACGCUCUCCACCCGAGUUACACCGGUGGGUUAUCCACCGGUGA